ACCCUGGCAGAUGUUCCAUACACCAUCCCAGAGCAGCAAGCCCCGGCCAAGCACUUUGAGAUUGUUUGUGGCUGAGCAAGGAGCGAAGUAACAAUGUGCGACGAGGAAGAGAGCACAGCAAUUGUGUGUGACAAUGGAUCAGGUCUCUGUAAGGCUGGCUUCGCCGGGGAUGAUGCCCCCAGAGCUGUGUUCCCCUCCAUCGUGGGGCGCCCCAGACAUCAGGGUGUGAUGGUGGGAAUGGGUCAAAAAGACAGUUAUGUAGGUGACGAAGCACAGAGCAAAAGAGGUAUCCUGACCCUGAAGUAUCCCAUUGAACAUGGCAUCAUUACAAACUGGGACGAUAUGGAAAAAAUCUGGCACCACUCAUUUUACAAUGAGCUCCGUGUUGCCCCUGAGGAGCACCCCACUCUACUCACAGAGGCCCCCCUGAACCCUAAAGCUAACAGGGAGAAGAUGACACAGAUUAUGUUUGAGACCUUCAACGUACCAGCCAUGUAUGUGGCCAUUCAGGCAGUGCUGUCCUUGUACGCCUCUGGCCGCACCACAGGCAUUGUCCUUGACUCUGGUGAUGGUGUCACCCACAAUGUUCCCAUUUACGAGGGGUAUGCUCUGCCCCAUGCCAUCAUGCGUCUGGAUCUGGCUGGCCGUGAUCUCACAGACUACCUCAUGAAGAUCCUGACUGAACGGGGCUACUCAUUUGUAACCACAGCGGAAAGAGAAAUUGUCCGUGACAUCAAGGAGAAGCUGUGCUAUGUUGCUUUGGAUUUUGAGAAUGAGAUGGCAACUGCUGCCACCUCGUCCUCCCUGGAGAAGAGUUAUGAGUUGCCUGAUGGUCAGGUCAUCACCAUUGGCAACGAGAGGUUCCGCUGUCCGGAGACCCUCUUCCAGCCAUCUUUCAUUGGUAUGGAAUCUGCAGGAAUUCAUGAAACCACUUACAACAGCAUUAUGAAGUGUGAUAUUGACAUCCGUAAGGAUCUCUAUGCCAACAACGUCCUGUCUGGAGGUACCACUAUGUACCCAGGAAUUGCUGACAGGAUGCAGAAGGAAAUCACUGCUCUGGCCCCCAGCACUAUGAAGAUCAAGAUCAUCGCUCCACCUGAGCGCAAGUAUUCUGUCUGGAUUGGUGGUUCCAUCCUGGCCUCCCUCUCCACCUUUCAGCAGAUGUGGAUUAGCAAACAAGAGUACGACGAAGCCGGUCCUUCCAUUGUCCACCGCAAAUGCUUUUAAAAAGAAUGGCCAAAAGCCUUGCUUUAUUUGCGCCCAUUAUCUUGCUCUGUUGCCUGUAAACUGAAUGUACCUUUUGUUCCUGUCUUCCAUUCCAAUGUCUAUGCACUGCCUGCGACUUAAUGUUUUUGAUGAAUAAAGUUUGAAAGUACUGGCAUUAUGAAACCUACAUGCCAUUUCAGUGGGAAAGUUUAUAGUAGAGUCACUGCUCUUGCUUCCUCACUUAUGAGAAAAAAAGAUCACUAUGUCUGUAUUAUGUAAAAAGUCCAUGGACUUGCAAGUCCUGCAUGUCUUCUGUCACUGCUAUACACGGUCAGUUAUGGAUUUAAUGGAUGGAAACAUUGUGAGCAUCCCAAGAAGGAAUAAAAUUAUUCUAAAAAUGA